GUAGCACGGAUUUUGAAUUAAUGUUCCGCCUAAGCGGGACAAAGAAUGACUGUGAAAUUCGCGAUUCAACUGAUCAACCCGGAUUAACGAGAAUAUUGUUGCGACUCACCGCGGCGGCAGCAGGCUGGAUUUCGAGUCGGAAUAUUAUGUGACUCAACGAAGUGACUCAACGGCUAGAAGUGAAAAUUGAACUAAAUUAUGAGAAAAAGUAGAUCAAAAUUAAAAGCACAUUAAAGCCACAACACAACAGUCAAUCGCCGAGGAUCGGAGGUCUUUCAAGUUGGCCCUUUGUGUUACUUUGACCUAGUGAGAUUGUAACAAUAGUCAUCGACAAAUAGCAGCCAACAGAACGGCAGUCUCGGUUCUGGAGAAACAAAAUCUUCCAGAACCGAGAUAUUAUUUUAAUCCUCACCCAAAGAAUACGGAUAAAGAGGCGUUGUAUAGAUCUAGCACAAUUGUAGAUACGAUGGAGUCUAGGAUAUUAAAUUCUGCUGCAGCCAGGGUAGCUCCAACUUCGGCACACUUUAUCGGAGGCAAAAGAAGUCAUACUUUUGCCGGUGGUUUUCACCAGUUUACUAGCGAAAAAUCAAUUCGUAGCUUACAAUACAGCAUACCGGCCGUUGGAAACCACUAUGGCAACGCUUUCGCUCCCGACGACGAAAUUGACGACGACGGCGGCGAAGACGAUGAUUGUAGGGGUUUACGAACCGUUACCCUGGGCCCGUAUAGUCAAUCAAUGAACGUCGGCAGCAUGACCGAUGGGGAAUAUUACGAUGAAGACGAUGAAGAAAUUGAUGAGGACGUUGAAAUGUCUCCAGCAAUCGAAGUGAUCUCCAUUGAUCCAAACUGUGACUACGAUUCAGAUGAAGAGGAGGAGGAGGAGGAAGAGGAGGAACAAAUAAGAGAAGCGGUCGUAGAAGUGCACCCGCCUGUAACAUAUCAGUAACCAGAGGACCGACAUCCAAUUUUUUUACUAUGGAUUUUGACAGGUUUGCCUGUUCGUUCUUUUUUGGGGGAUAAAUUUAUCCCCCAGUGUCAAAUUACCCAAAUACUUAUUUAUUUUGCAUUAGUAUGUGCGCGAAUUUUGAAUGAUUACGCUUUUACAGGUGAAUAUGAUGCGAAACGCCCAUACCACUCAAUAAUCCAACAUAAUACAAUCAUGAGAAAAUAGAGAAAAAAAUAAUGAACUAUAAAUUAAAACUAUUUUACACUCGAUUCCAUGCUUUAAACAUAAGAAUGUUCAACUUAUUUGCUCAAUUCUUCAGAAUACUACUUGCACAAGGUACUGUCUAUACCUUUGUUCGUUUUAU